UGGCAGAACUCCAGGGUAUCGAGAUGUAAUUUAGAUCUCUGAUAACAAAGAGAGCAUGAAAACCGACCUCCUUAAAGUAAGAUGGACAAUUUCGAGCGCCUGGAACGAGUUGACAAUAACUCGAAUCGCUACUACUGGAAAUGAAAACAUUGUGGCGACACUGAUAACUCAUCAGGUGCUCGAAUUUAGGGUCAUGACAGCAACCUACCGAACCACACAUUUGGAACACUCGGCAAAAUUCGCUGGGAAGCCCACCUGCCGUCAACAUGCUCACAUGCACACUCGUGAAGAGGUUGGCAUUGCUGUCGAGACUACACAGGAUCUUGAAGCAUCCUUCGCAUGGGCACCUCCACUCUCGACCGAGCCUCGCGAUGCAAAUGACUUGCUUGCUGUUCCAGAGAGUAUAUUGCCUGACGAUAUCACUGCUGAGUUUGCAGCCCUCGAGGAGUUGAAAAGGACUGAAGAACUUCAGAACAUUAAAGGAGUUGAAGUGCUCGAGGGAAACACUUUUGAUUUUGACGAGUUGGAUCGGGUCGAACAAGGAAUAAUACCACAGGCUAUUCUAGGUGAGGUUGAGGUGGUUAAUUACAAUGGCAAGGAUGAAAGAUGGGACGAGGCAAAAUUGAUGUCAUCGUUAGGAAUGUCGUACACAAAGUCUGCAUAG